AUGGCGCGUUCGUCACCCGUUGUACUUAUCUUAGAUCAUUCCUUCAUUCGUAGGCUGUGUCAUGACUUGGAAACUGGUUGUGACCAGCGGGCAGAUUUAAAUUUUAACCUUAAGGGUACUGCUGUGGUUUUUAUGCAUGGCGUGGGAGGUCGGACAGUGCCUAAACUUCGCAUGUUUGAUCUGCACGUGGUCAAAAAGUUGUCUCCGGAUAUCAUAAUUCUGGAGAUAGGGACAAACGAUUUAACUCGUGUCGGUCCUGAAGUGGUGGGUUAAGAAAUAGAUGAUUUUGUUCGUUUCUUGGUGGAUAAUCUCGCUGUCCACGUGGUCAGCAUUUGUCAUGUUAUCCCACGUGUUUUCUCAUGUGCCGUGUCCCAGACUUCAUUUCUCACGAGCGCUACUGCUUUGAAUCAGUACAGGGACGCCGUUUUAGGAGACCUUCCCAAUAUUUUUUGCUGGGUGCACACCCCUUUUCGUCCCCCAGUAAGGAUUUUUAUUUAAAUGAUGGCGUUCAUUUAAUUCUGUUGGUCAGUACCAGUUAUAUCUAUUGAGGCGCUAUCUUAAGAGCAAUUCGCAUGCUUUGAAUAUUUGUCACGUUUUUGCAUCUUUACAUUUGAAUAUACCGCUUACUUGAAUUUUUGACACCUUUUCAUGUCGUCGCAUGCGAUAAUACCGCUUAUUUCUUUCAUUUUGAGCUUUGCUUUCUUUAAAUUUGUAGAUUUGUAAUGGACACCUUUUUCGUUUCAUUUAUUCGGGGCUUCUCUCCGGUUUUUGGCUCCCCUUGUUAUUGUGUGGACAUUUCGUCCCAGUUUGUUACGAUGGGUUCACAUAUAUAAGGUUUUACCUUGUGCUUCCCUUGUCACGUUUGAGCUUUUUAGCUCAGUUUUACUUGUUAAGGAAUUUACUGUUAACUUCUUGUGUUUGAGGAACCUUUAUUUGUUUUAUUUUACUUUGGCCAUUUUUUGUGGGCUUGCUGGUGCGUCGACUUCUUAUCUGACAUGGCAUGACCCAGCCUGUUUGUUUUAUUUUAAGGUGUUCAUGUCUUCUAAAUGUUAAUUGGUCUUUAUUAGCUGUCUAUUUCCAUGAUUCCUCCCCUUUUUCUUCUCCAUUUGUUUGCAGAUAAUGCCUCCUAAGAGAGCCAACUCUGCCUCCACUGUUGCUGCCCCAGCUAGAAAGCGAUCCCGCUGA